UUGCUUAAUAAAUUAAUUUACUUCUCUCCUUCUGUCUCAGCUCCUUCAAAAACUGAAAACUUCAGAUCAAUAGGACAAGAUGAGACCAGUAUCACUCUGCAGUGGAAUAAAGUGAACAACAACAUCAGCUUUAUUCUCCAGUUUAAUGGUGCAGAGAUCGACCUCACUGCACCAGAUGAUGAUGGACCAGUAACUCACACAGUCUCAUCUCUCACUGCUGCAACUAAAUACACAUUCACUCUCUUCUCUGUGUUUGAGAACGUCAGAAGCAGUGGAGUAAACAUUACUGCAGUUACCGCUCCUCCAAAAGCAGAAAGCGUCAUAUCAAUAGGACAAGAUGAGACCAGUAUCACUCUGCAGUGGAAUAAAGUGAAGAACAACGUGAACUUUAUUCUCCAGUUUAAUGAUGCAGAGAUCAACAUCACUGCACCAGAUGGAGAUGGACCAGUAACUCACACAGUCUCAUCUCUCACUGCUGCAACUACAUACACAUUCACUCUCUACUCUGUGUUUGAGAACGUCAGAAGCAGUGGAGUAAACUUUACUGCAGUCACUGGCCCAAGUAAGUAUAUGCACAUAUACACAUUCAUUACAUGGUCUGAGCCUUUGCCUUGAGUUCCCAAGUCAUAAAUGUAUUUUCAUCAGCUUGAUUGAAUUUUAUAUCAUUAUCACAACUGUAUUAUUUUUAUGUUUUUUUCUUUGUUUUUCAUUAUAUACUGUAGUGUUUCUCAACGGCCCCCAGGGGGCGUUUCAAGGACGAUGGGGGGCCCUGGAAUCAAUAAUUUGGAAAGGGGGGCACUGAGCUGCUUUUGGGGAACAUUUGUUAGUUGGAAAUUCUAAGACGAGAUUACACCAAAGAUUCACAACAAUAUGAGUUUAAACUUUGAACUACUUUAAACUGCGGUGUGUAACAUUCAAACCUGCCCAUUUAGUCCACUGCGACUGGACGAGACUGUGUAUUUUUUCUCCGUCAGCUACUUGUGGUGCAGCUCUGUGCUGCCUUCACGGGAGCGGGAAGUCUAUAAUCUGUAAGAUUUUACCCACAUGGUGUUUACUGUGUAAUCUCAGUAAAAUUGAUGUUCUCUUUCUUGGUAUUCUUGGAAAUGUGUUUAUUUCUCUGAGGAAUACACCAUGAAUGUCUUGUUAUCGCACAUUUAAAGCAACUUUGCUGCGACACCAGUGAGUGACGUGGACCCACCUCACGCUGUGAGUUGCAUACAGUUUAUACCUAAGCGUACAUAUACAGUAGUUUCAGUAAGCUAUGUAAUGUUAAAAACUGAAGCCCUGACUUGCGCUGUUGGGGAUUGUAUGCGGCAGUUGGAUGCUUUAACUGUUGUUAAAACAGAAACAAGUCAGUUCUCUUACACAGGCUCCGCCCUUUAAUGGACUCUAUGUGUAUGUAAUGGGACAACAUUGUGGAUUUGUGCAUUUUAUAUUAAAUAAAUUUUGAGCUACUCCAAAUUCCUCUUUUCCUCUCCCAGAGAGGAGCAGGGGUGUUAAAGAUCAACUUUAACAGACUGCUGAUGAGAACCCAACAGAAGGGGGUUGGAAAGUUGCUUUCUCUAAGUGCUAUCCCUGAGCAGCCUGAUCAUAAAACAAAAAUGUUUUUAUUCCGAAGCUGAUAACGCGGUGACUGACUGUUAAACUGACAAAAGGGAAAUUAACCAGAGAGCCUAUUAGAAAGGCAGGAAAUCCUACCCCCCCCCCCCCACACACACACACACACACACCCA